AUGGCGCCUAGGGAUACCGUGGUCCGCAUCUCGAAGCUGCUGGUACUGUCUUACGUGGUCGACUGGGUGUUUAUUGUAGGCACCGCGCUCAUCGGCUACGGCUUCUCCAAACUCACCCCUAACCACCACCCUUUCUCCCUCACCGACCCGAGUAUAUCCUACCCUUACACCAAACAUGAAACCGUCACCAUGCGCACCCUGGUCCUCGCCGCCGUCGUCGCGCCGGCGGUCAUAAUCCUGAUCGUGUCGCUAGUCUUCACACCCGGUUCCGCGACGGCACAUGCGCGGCCCUCCAAGUCGCAGAUCCUGCGGCGCAAGUUGUGGGAGUGGAACGUCGGGUGGAUGGGUCUGGGGGUUGCGCUGGCAGGCGUCUUCCUAGCCACAGAGGGACUGAAAGAUCUGAUCGGAAAGCCGCGCCCGGACUUCCUGGCGCGCUGUAACCCGGACCUGGCGAAGGUGGCGGAAUUUGCGGUCGGUGGGCUUGGCCAGCGUCUGCAGGGCGCUCCGAAUAUUGUCUCGUGGGAGAUCUGUCGGACGAAGACUUCCUUGGUCCGCGUGGAUGGGUUCUCCAGCUUCCCGAGCGGACAUUCAUCAUUUUCGUUCGCAGGAUUGACGUAUCUGACCCUGUGGUUUUGCGCGAAAUUCUCCAUCGGGUUCCCCUAUUUGACGCCCUUUCCCGUGGAAGAGGAGGAAACCGAUGAGCUCUCCUCGGUGCGCAGACGUGGCGCCGCGCCUCCGGUCGUCUUCAUGCUUGUCGCGUUUGUGCCGUUCGCCACGGCCUGCUUCAUUGCUUCCUCGCGGUGGUUCAACUAUCGACACCAUGGAUUCGACAUCCUAUUUGGCUCAGCUAUGGGCCUCGUGUUCGCCUGGAUCGGCUUCCGGAUGUACCACAUGCCGAUUCGUCGCGGAGCCGGCUGGGCCUGGGCUGCGCGCAGUCGUGGACGGGCUUUCUUCCGGGGCUUUGGUGUCCCGAGCUCCUUGGGCAGUGACAGCUGGUCCAGUAUGCGCGCUACCAGGAGAGAAGAACCGGGAGAAGACAUUGAUUUGGAGAGUGGACCCGUCCCGCCGAAUGACCACCAUUCCAAGGCCAACGGGAGCUCCGCUCAUGGAGGGAUUGGUGAGGCGCUGUAA